AUGGCUGACGAAGCUACAGACGCCGCGACCAUUGAACAGAUGUCGCUGUAUGUUCGCUUCGUGGAAAAGACGACGUCGACCGUUCGGGAGGAAUUUUUGGGAUUUUCGAGCACGACUAGUACAACAGGCGAGGUUCUGGCAAACGCAUUCAUUGAUAUCCUCACCACUAAACUAGGUGUACGCCCUAAGAACAUGCGUGGACAGGGAUACGACGGGGCGAGUAAUAUGUCUGGGAUCCAUCGCGGAGUGCAGGCAAGAAUCCGACAAUUGAUACCAGAGGCAGUGUAUACUCAUUGCAAGGCUCACUGCCUGAACCUAGCCAUAAUACACGCUUGGAAAGAAAGGUAUUCUAAGAACAUGAUGGAUACUGUCCAGCAGGUAGCCUUUGCCUUCAACUACUCCGCCAAACGACUGCUGCAGUUCCAGGAGACUUUGGCCGACGACAAUAUUAGCAAGGAGGCUAUGGCAGAGCGGACAAAGCUGCGUUCUUUGUGCGAGACCCGCUGGUCAGCAAGGGCCGAUGCUCUCCAGACGUUCCUGGCCUCUUACAGGACAGUGGUCACGGCGCUAGAUCAGCUUUCAGCGGAGCAUGGAGACACGAAGGCGGGCAUGUACAAAAUGGCUCGACCUCUACCCAUCCGUAAGAACGUGCUUGGCAAUACUAACGGUCAUGCCGGUUUCCACUGCAACCGCGGAAAGAUCUUUAUCCGUAAUGCGACGGGUGAAGACCUAUUUGAGGAGCACUAUGGGGACAGAGAGGUUAUCUGGUUUGGGCCUUCUGAACGUGUAUAG